UGGCGGUGGUAGUACUGGUAGUCUGAGAGGUUAGAGACAGUCUGAGGUCCUAUUUUUUCAAUUUGUUUACCUUAGUAUUAUUCGAUAUAUUUAACGGUUCUCAAUAUUUUUUUACUGUGAUCACUGAUAAAUUGGACUGAGUGAAAUUUACUGAAAGGUGUUCAGCAGACUUAUCCAAAUCCCUGAUUCAAAGAUAGCUGUAGGUGCAUACAAAUAAGAGGCACAAUGACACCGCCGAUGGAGAGGAUCCAGAUUUUGGAAACUAUCGAGAAAGAUAUUAUAUUAUGUUUACAAUGUGCAGGACAUGCUUGUACAGAAUUAAGCAAGGAGAAAUCAAGCUUGAAGCAGGCAGAGUCACAGACGCACCAGUUCUUGAAAACCUUAGGACAAUUGGAAUCCAAAUUAAGUGAACAGAUUAAUUAUCUCACGCAAGUUUCUACUGGUACAUCCAUUCAUUUAAUAAUAUCAUUUCCAUCGCUUUUUCCUUUUUAUCACAUGUGUCUAAUAAUAUUUCUUUGUUGCAGGUCAGCCACACGAAGGUUCUGGAUAUGCGAGUCAAAAGGUAUUGCAAAUGGCAUGGCAUAGAUUGGAACAUGCGCGAAGUAGAGUUAACGAAUUGGAGCGUAUAAAGAACAAGUUACGAUAAAUACAUAAUUUUUCUGGAUCCAAAAUUAUAUAUUGCAUUGUAAAGGCGAGUUAUGUUACAUUAAUAUUGCUCUCAGCAAUUUAUCAACUAUCAAAUUAUUAUAAUAAAUUUGCAUAUUUUUGACAAUUAAAAGUUUCUUACCAUCCUAUUUAUAUUGUAACAAUCAUUGCAGUCAGUAUUGUGUCACAAAUACAAUAGGUAUAAUAAAAAUCUAUAUAUUAUAAA